UGGGCUUCCUUUCCCAAACGUACCUAAAUUCAAUGUGUUUUUGCUUGAGCCCACACUGGUGCAGCAAUUAGUGAGGUUCUUGGAUCAUGCGGAGCAGCAGCAGCAGCCAGGUGGCCCAGUGGAAUGUGGAGGAAGUGACCAGCUGGGCCAACCAAUCCGAUCACUACUCGAAGAUCCUGCUCGACUGCCUGCGCCAGGAGGCCAUCGACGGCGAGGUCCUGCUCACUCUCACCGAGAGCGAUGUCCAGGAUCUGCGCCAUCGUCUGGGCUACAAUGUAACCUUUGGCGAGUUGAAGAAGUUCUGGCUGGCAGUGCUACGGUUGCAGUUGCUCAUGAAGGACAGCCAGACAGAGUCCGUGACCCGUGUAUCCUGCCUGACACCUGACGAAUAUGUGAAGACUGCCAUUAGCCUGAUGUACUCCUUCCUCGUCAGUUGGAUAACAUCGUUCGUUAUGGUGAUCGUGCACGAGCGAGUGCCGGAUAUGCAACGCUAUCCACCGCUGCCGGACAUCUUCCUGGACAAUGUACCGCACAUACCGUGGGCCUUCUCCAUGUCCGAGAUCAUCGGAUCGCUGCUCUUCACCAUGUGGCUAAUAGUGCUGAUCUUUCACAAAUACCGACUGGUGCUCCUGCGUCGCUUUUCAGCACUGGCGGGCACCGUUUUCCUGCUGCGCUGCAUCACCACGCUGAUCACCUCGCUGAGUGUCCCCGGAACGCAUCUGCAGUGCAACCAGAGUGACUUUGGCAUCAACGAUCCGAAUGUGGACCUGGUGGGUGCUAUGGUCAUCCGCCUCAAUCGUGCCUAUCGCAUCUGGCGGGGUUUGGGUUUGUCCAUUCAGGGUGUGAGCACUUGCGGCGAUUACAUGUUCAGUGGUCACACGGUGGCUCUGACGUUGCUCAACUUCUCUAUAACGGAAUACACACCGCGAAGUAUGUAUGUCCUGCAUGCCUUCACCUGGAUGCUGAACCUAUUUGGCAUCUUCCUCAUCCUGGCCGCCCACGAGCACUACUCCAUCGAUGUUUUCGUGGCGUUCUAUAUAACCUCCCGGCUCUUUUGCUGCUACCACAGCCUGGCUAAUAAUGGGGCUUGUCAGGGGAGUGACUCUAAGAGGAUGCACACCUGGUUUCCGCUGUUUAGUUACCUGGAGAGUGGCAGUGCCAAUGGGAUGGUGCCCCAUGACUUUGACACACCAGGCUCCCUGGUUUCGGCCUUCACAAGCCGUUUCUGCCAGGCCAAGGAUCAAGUGGUCAUGACCCUUUCGAAUUUCUCAUUAUUCCCGCUCUCCUUUCUUCAGUGUUCCAGCAAGUCUGCCUAAGUCCAAGCCUAAUUGUGAUCCCAAACCUGGUUCUGAUUCUGCUUCUGCGUUGCCUUUGCAUUUACUCUAUAUUUAUUCCUAGUUUUCCCCCAGCUCUACAUGAAAUAAAU